UAAAAUGUUUUCUCUGUUUAACAACAGUAGGUCAGUGGUAAAAUAUGACUUUACUUGCGUCAGAUUCUUCUUGGUCUUAAAGCCUUUGAUGGGCUAUUUCCACAAUGUAUGAUGGCUUAGCAGUUAAAUAGGACAAAUAAGUAAUGUAUGGGACAAAUUCUACAUCUUUGUCAGUUGGGGGUGGGUCUUUCAAACCACCUGAACCCUCACGAUGGUUGAAAUCUAGGGACGACUAUUUGGAUCUGUAUCAGAUUUGAUAGGCUACUAAAAUGUUGUCACAUAGCUUCAUUUGAGGAAGUGUGCACAUUCCCUUUUAGACACUGUAACAAAACAUCUAAUCAUUAUUAAAGUCUAUUUGGCUUUAUUUCAUUUAUGGUUAGUAUAAUUAGCUUCAGAUAAAUUUUCUUGGUCAGGGAACCUGCACUUUAGACUAGUUGCAAAAACUAAGACAGCAAUAGUUAAGACAUAAAAAUAAUUAGUCUACGUGUUUCUGUAUUGUUGUUACCAUUAUAUUGUUGUUGUUUUAUCUUUUUCUCAGGGAGAGGAUAUGACUUGACGCUGAAGAAUAUUUUGAUGGCUGAGAUUAUGCCUAUAGUAGAGGAAUUUGACCAGCAGCUAAAUUACGGUAACAGGUUUUCUAAUUACCAGUCUAAACAAUAACACUGUUUGAGGAAAGACCAGUUAAAGAGACUACAGUGUAAAUAUUAACUCUCAUACACAAUCCAUAUACUAAUAGUAUAAGUUAUUAGCUCUUAUCGUAAACUCUACCGGUACUUAGAUGGCAACAAAAUAAGCAGGCUCAGUUUCUUAUCAAACAGUCACUGAAAACUGAGUUGUGCAAAUGUGAAGCAUUUUGCCUACACUUUCCACACCCUUGUUUAUGAGAUGCUGGUUGUUGUAAAAAUGUAAACCUGUCAUUUCUAGUGGUUUGACUGCAAUAUUGUCAGAACAAAAUAAUUUAUCCCUAAGAAAAAACACAGAAACAAUACAGAAUGUUAUUUUCUCUGUGAACCAUUUCAAAAACAACUACUGGCUUCAGGUGAUUUCUUUUUGUUCUGUAAUUAAGUUGCCGAUGCGCCAUUUUGAGGACGGAUCUUUUACAUUGAGGAGAGUGGAAACGACAGACAGAGACUGGCAUGAUACAUCAGGCAGAGAAAUCUUGAUUGGAGGAGACAGAUAAUCUUUGACAUGCACACUUUGAGUAACAUUGAGAUAAAUGGUGCUGUCCUUCUUCCGUCUCCUCUCUUCUUUAGAUACAGAGUAUGAGUCCAGGUUACAGGCAGCAGCAAACAAUUUCAUUGCAGCGGCCUCAAGCCUGCCCAGAGUAUCUGGAUGUUUGCCCCCAUGUGGUUUCCAGGUGCAGGGUGCUGUUUAUAACUGCGUGACCUGUCAGUAUGACUCCUGUGAGUUCCCGCUGGACUGUCCCGGGAAGGAAAUCACUGUACAAGAGAACAACAGGACUCAGAUGUGGUGUAGCGUCCCUUUCCUGCUGCCUGCAGAUGUAGAGAUAGUCUGGAGAUACGCACAGGACAGAACGAUGCUGAGGGAGCGUUUUGAUGAUGUGACAGUUGGAGUAGAUCCUUUAUACUCCAUUCCCUCUGCCCGUCCUGAGCAAUCUGGAACCUACCAGUGUGAAGUGCUUUCUCAGGAGCAAUCACUCGUCCGGCUUUACUUCUACCUCACAGUGGUUCCUGUGGCACAGACUUAUCAUGUCCACCUGCAGGAUCUCUGUGCUCAGGCUCUUCGUCCAGAACCCCAGUUUCCUCCUUCGUUCAGCUUCUGGUUGCCCAGGCCUGCCCUCCUCAUCACCUGCCUGACCGCAACCAUGCUGCUGAUUUUCCUCAGUCUGGGAGCGAUGUGUCGGUUAUGGUAUCAGAUUAGGACCAACGUUUCUAAUCCAGCCUAAGAAACAAUAUUGACAGAAAAGAAGAAAUACUUGAUUCACUGCUAAACACAGUGUUUCAACAAUAAAUGCAUUUCUAAUUAAAACUGAAUGGACUAUUCAGAAUUAAUCUCUUCAAAUACUAUUAAACAGAAAUGAGCUUUUGAAGACUUCUGGGAGAAAAUGUAAGAGGCAGUGAAUCUGAGCGCAUGAAUGCGACUUCACCACUACGUUCAGUUAUAAAGGCUUCUUUAUGCUACUAAAUAUAGCCAGACAUGACUCAGGGCGUAACUCCUUUUACAGUUUUUACUCAGUGUUUUGAUGCUGUUGUCCCAACAACCCAUUAAGUCAAAUCUGGGCGAGGAAAAUGCUUUAUUGUACAGAACUGCAAUUUUCCAUAAUGUUUGUUAGGACAAUGUGUAUUUUAGAGCUACAAACUUUAUUACAAUGUCUGGAUUUUAUCACAGUGCUUAAGAUUUAAUGGCCUUUUCAAAAAUUCAGAAAUCUAAACAUGCGGGAUUUAAGUGAUGACCGUUGAUGAUUAUCAUCAUUUCCAACAGUCAGAUUUCUGUUUUUCGUCUCCUUUGGCACCUCUUACCCCUAUUUAUCUGCAGUAAGAUAAGAUGAUGUCCGCCAAUUCAAUGCUGAGGUCAUGGCUGUUAAGAGAAAACACCCAAAAUAGAAGACGGCUUGGUGUCAAAGUAAAGAGGAAAGUAAGAUAUUUUAAUUCAAAGACAACCUCUGCCCUUUUUUUUGGAUUUCUUGUCGGGUGAUUUAUUUAUUUAUUUAUUUAUUUUUUUUGCGUCUUUAUUCGAUGGCUGUUAGAAUGAGUAUCAAACUACAAAACCAACAACCAUCACCCAAAGUCUCAGUUGCAACUGUAAAAUUAUUGGUACAUGUGUGAUGCAACAAAAAGAUUUAGACAGAGACAAAAAUGUAGGUGCAAAUAUUGUUUUAUGAAACUUCUAUUCUUUUUUCUUGCCUUGAUCGAACAAUUACAAUGUUGUGAAAGUGUAAAAUAAAUAGCCAUGUCUGAUCAUUUUGUUUCAAUGGUUUCAUUAGAGAAUUAUCUAACUAUUAGAUGUGUCAUAGAAACUUUGUCUUCAAAGAUGUUAAGGAGAACUUUUCUGUUCAGAGUUUUAAUAAAAAGAGCUGUUAAAAUGUUUAAUGUCAGUCGACAUGAAAUUACUGUGGGUACAGAAUUUAAUAAAAAAAAGAAAAAAAAAGAAAGAAAAAAAAAGAAACACA